UUGCAAGUCAGUCAGAAACGCGUUGAGUGCGACAGCGAACAGACGUGCCCAGUGUCCAAGAGAUCGUAUACACAUACAUAUACACAAUUCUACAGGCCCCCCACACACACACACACACACACGCACACAGCCACAUUUAAGUUCUUUAGCCCGUGGAACUGACACACACACACGCACACAUAUAUAAAAUUGUCUGCCUUUUUUUCUUUGGUGCCACAAAAGACGACUAAAAAAAAAAAAAGAAAAAGUGCCGUGCAAAGCAAAAGCAUAAAACAAGAAAAGUGAAAACCAAUCAAAAGAAGCGAAACAAAAGAGAAAUAGCAACAUUCAAAGAAACAUGGCAAGUGCAGAGCAAAAAAACGCAACUGGCAACGGCAACGGCAACGGCAUCGCCAAGCACAAUAACAGCGCGCUAACAGAGCCAAUUGAGCCGCCCAAGGAUGCCAAGGAUCUGCUGCCGCAUCUGGAGUCGCUGGAGCGCAUCAUAAAGCUGCCCGUGGUGAAUGCCGCCUGGGAUAAGUCACAAGAUGUCUAUGGCAAAGUGAAGGGCAAAAACCGCGUCUUCAAUUGGGCCCUAAAUGCCGCCGAGGAUUGUGUUGCACGCGCCGUAACGACCGCAGCGCCUAUUGUGAAUCGCUUGGAUCGUCCCAUUGCGUAUGUGGAUCAGACCUUGGUCAAGGGCAUUGAAACGCUGGAGGUGAAGGCGCCCAUCAUUAAGGACACACCGCAGGAGAUCUAUGCCCAGGCCAAGAACAAGGUGAUCGAUGUCGUCCAGCCGCAUCUGGAGCGUGUUGUCAAAUUCAAGGCAGCCGGCCAGCAGAAGGCCGCCUCCCUCAAGGAUCUCGCCUGGCAGAAGGCCAACGAGGUCCUGGCCACCCAAUACGGCAGCCUGGCCGUCAACGGCGUGGACACCACCACAGCCCUGGCCGAGCGUCUCCUGGAAUACUAUUUCCCCAAAUGCGAGUCCGAUGUCGAGGAGGAUAAUGAUAAUAAACAAAGCGCUGUCGUGCGAAAUGGCAAAAAUGCUGAGAAUGACAUGCCAGUUCCCGCCAGCGAGGACCCAGUACUACACACAGUCCAGACCGUUGGCCGCUUAUCCAAUAAGAUCUCGCGUCGCGUCUAUAGAAAUGUCUCCAGACAGAUCAAACAGGUCCAACAGGGCAACAUCAACGACUAUCUAAGCUCAUUGAUAGCCGCCCUCAAGCUGCAUCAGUACAUCAACUUUAUCAACUCAUCGAUGGGCACAAAUGUUGAGCAGUCCACGUUAGCCAGCGACAACUGUACACCCUACGGACCUAGCAACAGCAGCAGCAACAGCAACAACAUCAUCAGCAGCAGCUGCAGCAGCAGCAGCGCCAACACCAAAACAGCGGCCAGCAGCGGCAACAGCAGUGCCAAGAGCAAAGUGAGCACUGUUGCGCCAUCUAUCGGACAAUAAAUGUGCAGCUGCACGCGUUCGGUUUGGUUGGGUGGUGCGCCCCCUUUUUAGAUCAGGGUCAGAGCGCUUUCCAAUUGGAAAAAAAGAAAACAAAAAUUAAAACACCUGCCACUUUCCCGAAAAAGCCAAGCUGUUCGCCUCUCAAGCGCUGCGCAUUUUCUUAUUUAGUUUUAUUUUUAUGCCCCAUAUUUUUUUUUGCAAUUCUUUUUUUUUUUUUUUUUUCGUUUUUAAGAAAGUGGCCUAAGCAGACGUCGCCCUAACCCCCUCACAACACCUCCCUCUACCCCCACACACAACCAAGCGUUUGCUUUGUAAAUAUUUAUUUGAAGUAACACACAUACACUCACACACACACACACACACACAUAUAUACACAUAUUGAUAUAAGUUGUAGUUGUAAAAGAUUUUAAACAUUUUUUUUUUUAGCUGUGCUAAAUCUAAAAACAAACACGCCACCUGGCGGCCAUGUGCCACACACAUGCAUUGAAUGGAGAAUAUAACAAAACAAAACAAAAUUCUGAUCAGAAACCAUGCGAAAUGCAUGCACAUGUAUAAACCCAACCCCAACCCCACCCCCAGACCUCCCAUACACCCCCCGCACAACGCGCUAACAACACAGCACAUACCGUUAACGAUAUACUAAUUAACGAUAUCGUAUAUCGUAAAAGAAACACUGAAUUAUAGUUAUGUAGCUAGAGCGAGAUAGAAAGAGUUAGAGAGAGAGACAGAUCGUCGUUUAUGUCGUAUGCUUAAUGAAUAUAUAUAUGCACAUAUAUAUAUAUAUAUAUACAAUUGUAAUACUGAUGUUUUAACUAUGCUUAAAAUAUGUAACAUUAUCUUAGCUGAUGAAUUAUGCUUUAAAUAUAUGAAAACUUAUACAUA